AUGCUAGUGGGGAUGUCUCCGGACUUUCGUAGCACAAGACAUUGGCUCUUGACGAUUUGUAGUUACUCGGUGAAUUGUUCGCUCGGCCAACGUCUGCUCAUGUGUAAGGCUGUUGCUCGGUACAAUCCGCUGAAUCCUUCGCAAGAUCAGAUGAUCACGGUCAUGGCCAUCGCGAGUAGCGCUGCAGUUGUCGGUGAUUUGGUCGCUGGUCAAUUUGCUCAAACUAUGCCUGCGGGAGAUUCUCACACUCCUGCCAAUACAACCGGCCACUACAUGGAUUUUCACACCAGACCGCAAGCUAAGCCCGAGGCGAUCGUUUCCGGCCCCAAUCAUCGCUUUACCAUCCUGAGCGACCGCCUGAUCCGAUAUGAAUGGGCCCACGAUGGCCAGUUCGAGGACAGAGCGUCCACAUUUGCAAUAAAUCGCCAAUUCGAAAUUCCGGAUUUCAGCGUCGUCGAUGGCGAACUAGAGCUUGAGAUCAUCACCGAUCAUUUCCACUUGAUUUACGACAAGAAGCGCUUUUCGCCCGCCGGAUUCGUCGUCAACUUCGGCUUUCGACACACGCUUUGGGGCGCGCCGUGGAGAUAUGGAGAAGUUGAAGAGUUGAAUCUUGGUGGAACAGCCCGCACGUUGGACUUGUGCGAUGGACGCUGCGACAUGGGACCGGGCGUGAUCUCCAAAGCAGGAUAUGCCUCACUCGACGACUCGAGCUCGAUGUUGUUUGAUGGAGGAUUCGUGGCUGGUAGACGACCUGGAGAUCGAGUGGACGGCUAUCUUUUCUGUUACGGUCAUGACUACAAAGCCGCGAUCAAGGCUUUCUAUGAGCUGUCUGGAAAACAGCCCAAGCUACCUCGAUACUCACUUGGCAACUGGUGGAGCAGAUACUAUGCCUACCAUCAAGACGAAUACAUCCAGCUGAUGGAUGAAUUUCGAACCCGCGACAUACCACUGUCUGUUGCAGUCGUGGACAUGGACUGGCAUCUCGUAUCUGACAAGCGAGUACCUCACUCGGGUUGGGGAGGCUACACUUGGGACGACAAGUUGUUUCCAGACCCGAAGAGAUUUCGCCGAGCUUUGCAUGAACGUAAUCUCAAGGUAACUCUAAAUGACCAUCCACAUAACGGGGUGCAUUCCCACGAAGACAGCUAUGAGGAAAUGGCUCUGGCCCUCGACAUCGACACGCGCGACAGAAAGCCCAUCUUGUUCGACCCUGCCAAUGCCGCAUUCAUGAAAGCGUAUCUCGAGAUAUUACAUCGCAACAUCGAAAAAGUGGCCUGUGACUUUUGGUGGAUAGACUGGCAACAGGGUUCUUAUUCCAAACUCCCCGGACUGGACCCUCUAUGGCUUUUGAACCAUUUCCACUAUCUCGACAAUGGACGUGAUAAGGAAACCAUUCCGCUGAUAUUUUCGCGCUACGCUGGACCUGGCAGUCAUCGCUACCCAGUGGGCUUCUCGGGAGACACGGUUGUGACUUGGGCGUCGCUGGCAUUUCAACCCGAAUUUACUGCUACGGCCAGUAACGUCGGCUAUGGCUGGUGGAGCCACGACAUCGGCGGCCACAUCUUUGGAGGUCGUGACGAUGAGCUCGUGACGCGUUGGGUGCAGCUGGGUGUCUUCUCCCCGAUAUUCCGCCUGCAUUCUUCAGAUUCCAAGUGGAACUCGAAAGAGCCAUGGUUGUAUCGCUCCGAAUGUGGCAAAGUGAUGUCGGAGUUCAUGAGACUCAGACAUCGUAUGGUGCCGUUCCUAUACACGCAAAACGUGUUGGGUUCCGAGCAAGACGAACCUCUGGUGCAGCCCAUGUACUGGAGCCAUCCCGACAUGGAAGCCGCCUAUGAGUUCCAAAAUCAGUAUACGUUUGGCCCUUCGCUGCUCGUCGCACCGAUCGUGCAGCCCAGAAACCCCGUGACGAAUCUCGCAGCGGUAAAAGCUUGGUUACCUCCAGGAAAACGCUACGUCGAUGUCUUUACAGGCACUGUUUACGAUGGUGAUCGCGAAAUCGUCUUCUACAGACGACUGAGCGAAUAUCCCGUUCUGGCGCCCGAGGGAUCAAUCACCGUUCUGGACGAAGCGGCCGCUCCUGCAAACGGCUGUGCGGACCCAGACGCCUUCGAAGCCAUCGUGGUUGUCGGCCAGGAUGCCAAGAGCAGCAACAUCGAAAGCGUGGCCGACGACGACGACACCAACACCCGCUUUUCGAGCUCGUCGACGACUUGUCAGAGGGAAACCGUCAUCAGAUUCGACCAAGCCACGGGAACACUCAUCGCCGAACUCAACGACGCACGCUCUUGGAACUUUACAUUCUUGUCUCUGGACUCUAUCCCAUCUGAUUUACGCAUCAGUGACGACGGGGUCGAUAUCACUUCAACGGCCACAGUCACACUGGAACCUCUCUUCGAAUCACAAACGCAAAGUCUACGCAUCUCCUGCAGUUUCCCUACCUCUACUCCUGCAAAGCACAACCUUACUAUAACCCUCGGCCCUGACCCGCAACUUGGCGUUGUCGACCCACAACCCAGGUUGGAGCAAAUGAUCAUGGACUUUCAAAUUGAUUUCGCCAUCAAGGAUCGUCUGUGGGAUGCCAUCAAGAAGAUGAGGGAGAAGGGGUUAAGUUCUUGUCUUGGGACAUUGAUGGCGUUUGGAUUGAAGGAGGGUAUCGUAGAGCCUGUUCUUGAGAUGCUGGUCGCCGAUCGAAGGUUGUUCCUCUCUGCAUAA